AUGCCGUCGACGCCAGAAAUCCCCGAGUCGUCUCGACCACUUGCAGAUUACUUCUGGAUUGCCGGCCUAGACAGCCAACAGGUUGUAGACGCUUUCUCUCAACCACGAUGGUCUCACGAUCACAUCGACGCUAAUGGAGUUGACUUUGCCAUCAAAGAAGAGGUCCCUGCCGACAAUGAACAGUCAUCAAUUCUCCAGUCUCCGCGCGUCUCGGUCAGCCAUUCCAGACGUGACUCCUACCAGAGACUUUCACAGCUCUCCGAUGAAGCCAGGGAGACUAUUCAGAGUCUCGAAGAGGCAACCAGGCCCCGCAGCAACCGGAGUAGUCUCACUAUCCGGGCUGCUGUUCCUGCCGCCGAUGCUCGAAUGUCCUCGAUGAUAUCAGAGGCAGAUUUUGAGAAAGCGAUGAGCAAGUUCGCCACCGACCGAGACGCCUUCUAUCUGGAUUUGACAUUCCAUCCGACCGAAAAUACCAAACCAGCUCGAUCCAAGUCGCGCCCCAAAACUCAGAAGAUCAUUGCCCAGGAUGAGUCAACCCCGGUGCCCAACCGCAAUUUUGGAAGCAUCCGCAGACAUCUUUCUUUCAAAGACAUGUCUAGCACGAAACGCCAACCAUCUAUGGCUCGAAGGACAUCAACGCGCACCUCUCGCAGGAUGAGCAGUUACAAUUCGGUCGUCCCGAGCCCCGAGACCUUCCACAGCUCUCCUGAUCAGUAUCCCCUGACGCGGAAAUUCGAACCUGUAUUGCUGGAGAGAUAUCCUCGACCUACCGCUUGCGACAAAGCGCAGAGUAGGGGACCAUUUCCGGACUAUGUGCCCAUGUUCGCGUUCCCAAAUGAUAUCAAAAUUGUGGCGGCGGAGACCAAACCGAAGUCCAUCUGGCACGAAUUCUCCAUGACUGCAGCGGACAACUCGAGACUUACCGCGGUAGCAGUCAUAAUAUGGAUCCCUGUGAACCGCGAUCUUGCCAUCGACUUAGAAAAGAGAUGUGAGCAAUGGAGAAAAGCUCAUAUGUCGGAGGCAGAGAGGGAAAUGGCAACGUCUCUCGCUGAGAGAUUGGCGGCGGAGAGUGCAAAACUGUCUAGGUUGCUCACCCAACUCCCUCAACUUCGCCCAGAUUCAGCGGAAAGAGAAGCCUUGGAGGAGGAGAUUGGCACAGUCGAGGAGAAAAUUGCUGUCAUGUCUGACAUGCUCAGACCAUUACGACACAGUUCAGAAUCGGAUAUCCAGGGGCUUGCCGGUGGCGAAACGCGCUUCUGGAUCCCAAGAGCUUAUGGUAUUUUGGGAAAGGACAAGGCCAUGGCCAACUUCUGGAGGCAGUGGCUUCGAGCGGUGGUUGUCCCAAUGACUGAUGGAGGGGUUUUGCGGGUGCCCGCCAGCUCUCCUAAAGUUGGCAUGUGGCAGCCAUUGGAGAGAUACGUGGCAGCGCUGUGCCUCGAGGCACCCAGUCCCCUAUCGUCCAAAACCCAAGUCCAGAUCUCGAUACGGGAACUCCAACUAUAUGCGAAGAAAGAGGCGGCAAAUGAACUCCCGGGCAGCCGGACGACCGAUCUGUACCCUCUCUUCCGAGCCCUCACGAUUCCCAAUAUCAUCCUUCUCUUGGAAUACGUCUUGUCCGAAUCCAGGAUCAUUCUCCUUUCAACUCAUGUCGCGAUGCUGCAACUAGUCAGUAAAGCUAUUUUGGAACUUAUUUGGCCCUUUGAAUGGACGGGAAUUUACAUCCCAGUGCUGCCAUCGCGCUUGGUCCAAGCACUGGAUGCGCCUUGUCCUUAUAUCUGCGGCAUCGAUCGUAAUUACGAGAAAUACGACCUUCCUGAUGAUGAUUAUGUUUUGGUCGACUUGGAUAAGAAUGAGUUGUACAGUACAGCACCGCCGCCAUUUCUACCGAAGCAGCAGCGGAGAAAGUUGAUGUCUCUGCUUUAUCAAGCUGCACCACUACAUCAAAAUUUUGGAGUGACUCCGGGACCACCUGCGUAUGCAGUGGAGACAUACCCGUAUAAUGGCUUCUCUGCAGAAGUCGAGUCUGCCUUCACCGCGGUGGCCAAAUCCACGAAUCUAGACAAACUUGCGAACCUCAGCUCCACUACGUUCGGUCCGCAAGCCGCUACGGACACCAUUCAACGGGCCCCUCUGUUGAACGUUUUCCUUGCUUCAACCCCAACAAGAGGGAAGAGCACUGAUCGUCCGAGAACAUCAUCGACUGCCCGACACUCUACAUUCACAGAUUCAGAGGGCCAGUCCCCCAUCACCCCUAACUUCCCGCUGACGCCAGGUUCUGGUCCGUCGCGGACCGAUUCGGGAUACGCUCUUCAGACUUCUCUCAAGGAGAAGAGAUCUGGUCAUUUCGAUUCAUUGUCAAAAAGAAGUUUCUCUGGAUCUAGCCAUAUGAUUCGCAAAGCUAGCCUUCCGUUUGUGAAACACAGCGCGACUCCCUCUUCUAGCACGACGCUUUCGGACAAUCGAAAUGGGUCAAUGUACGCGCCCUCUACAUAUGCGCAGUCAACGCUAGCGGCCUCUACAAUCAUGCCCGGAGCGAAUACACAAGCCGUACGGAAUGGUGAAGGUACAUAUUGGUCUGAAGGUCAUUGUCUGCAAUGGAGAGCAGCGGAUGGUCCGUCCACGUGUCUUCUCUGUGACGACAAGGCUACUGAUGGAUACUACCGAUGUUCGGGUUGUGGUUUUGUCAUUCACGAUCGCUGCGUCCAUAACAUUACCGUUGUCUGCUCUGCGACCUUCUACCCUGACCAGAUCCGCGCCGCGUUUGUGAGAUGUAUGGCCAGCUUGAUGUACACCUACCGGAAAUCCAUGCAACCCGCACCCCCACAGAAAAAGAAGCUCGGAGCCGUGUACUCUUUCGACAAUGACGCUUUCACCAGAAGUCUAACUCCUGAUCAUGCAGCCUACAUGAGAAUGCUGCAACAAACUCAAGCUUGGAAUGAGUUUAUCAUGGAUCGUGAAGAGAAAAGAUCAGGUCCCUCGAUAGCCCUCUUUGACGCCAUAAUCAUGGCAAAACGUCGCCGUGCAGGAUUACGAUCGAGUCUCCCCAAUCUCAGUCUCAAUCGGAAAAGCUUCAUGGCGUGGUCACCCUCUGUGAGCAUGCAGACCGACUUCCUUUCGGAUCUAUCUCAGCAUCAGUGGCGGAUUGUCCCAGUGCCCUCUAGUUCUGAUCGGCCGGAGUUGAGCAGUGCGGCGAAGGGACGCGACUAUCACACCAUCAUCACACGAACGCCGGCGAAGCUGGAAGAUGGAUUGUUCAAGCAAGAUGAAAAGGUUCCAGAUUUGCCUACCAUUCCCAAGAGAUCGAGAAUCAGCAUUCUAACCGGCAAAAUGAACGGUCUGGGCAUGCACGCCCCCUGA